GUUCCCUUCUCCGUCUCGUAACACAGCUUCUCGACUUCUUGUUGCUCAUUGUUAUUGUUUCCCUCUUUCAAAGGUCUUCUUUUUCUUCUCCAUUUCCAUCGAUUUAUUUGCUUCCUCCUCAACAAUCCACCAGGGGCAGUCUUCAAAAGUUCUCGUGCUCCUUUCUGGAUUCCUUUUCUUGUAGCGAAGCGUGAAUGUUUUAAUGGAGUCUAAAGGUGGCAAGAAGAAGUCUAGUAGUAGUUCCUUGCAAUACGAAGUACCCCUUGGCUACAGCAUUGAAGAUGUUCGACCUCACGGUGGAAUUGAGAAGUUCCGAUCUGCUGCAUACUCCAACUGCGUGAGGAAGCCAUCCUGAUAUACCCUCCAAAUGCCUUCUUCGGUAGAGUAGGAUUUCUAUUAAAUUUCUUUUUCAAUUCUUGGAAUAAGCAAAACUCUCUGGAUAGCUGUUCGUUGACAACGGAAGAACGAUUCUCAAACUCGUCUCUCCAUUACCUCUUCUUCAACUGAUAUUGAGAUCUUCAUUGAAGCCACCAUGGCCGUUGUACUGGGUGACACCAAUACCCAGCCCCCACAAUCUUCUGCAAUCGGUUUUGAAGGCUUCGAGAAACGGCUCGAGAUUACCUUUACUGAAGCACCCGUUUUCGUCGACCCGCAGGGACUCGGCCUCCGAGCUCUGACUCGGGCCCAACUCGACUCCAUCCUGGAGCCAGCGAGGUGCACUAUUGUAGAUCAGCUCUCCAACUCAGAAUUCGACUCGUAUGUUCUCUCCGAGUCAAGCCUUUUUGUGUACCCUCUCAAGAUUAUCCUCAAGACCUGCGGGACGACGAAGCUGCUUUUAUCAAUUCCACCGAUUCUCGAACUCGCCAACUCGCUCACGCUCUCGGUGUACUCGGUGAAAUAUUCCCGCGGGAGCUUUAUUUUCCCAAAUGCCCAACCUGCCCCUCACACCAGUUUCUCUGAGGAAGUCGCUGUGCUCAAUGGUUUCUUCGGCAAUCUCCCUUCCGGUGGGCAGGCCUACGUGACCGGCGAUCCGGCAGUUCCGAAUCGCAACUGGCAUGUUUACGCGGCGUCUCAGAAGCCACCGAUGUCAUCAAUGAACGAUCAGACGGCCGCUGUUACUCUCGAGAUGUGCAUGACUGGCUUAGACAGGGAAUGCGCAUCAGUUUUCUUCAAAAAAUCGGAGGACUACACGGCGAAGGAAAUGACAAAACUCGCCGGAAUAUCGGAUAUUCUCCCGUCGCACGAGAUAUGCGAUUUCGACUUCGACCCCUGCGGGUACUCGAUGAAUGCAAUCGACGGUGGAGCUUAUUCUACAAUCCACGUCACGCCGGAGGACGGGUUCAGCUAUGCGAGCUACGAGGCGAUGGGAUUGGACCCCGGUUCAGUGGGGCUCGAGCCGCUUCUGAGAAGGGUGCUGAGGUGCUUCAGACCGGCCCAGUUCUCGAUUGCAGUGACGCAUUUUGGUGGUGGGGCUGAAGAAUGGGGAGAUGACGUGAGCGUGGAAGGGUACAGGUGCGAGAAUGUGGUGAAGCAGGAGAUGCCCGGAGGGGGGUGCGUACUGUACCGGUGUUUCACGGGGGCUGAGAAGGGGUGCGUACUGUUUUCGUCCUCUCCGAAAUCUAUUCUGCAUUGCUGGGAAGACGUUGUAGCAGAGGAGGAAAUGGAGAGCGUGGUUGCUUGUCACUGCGUUUCUUCUUUAGCCUAGCGAAUAGUAGUAGUAUUGUGUUUGAGUGGUGUCAGCCAGCCCAGUUAGCGGCUCUGUUCAGUCGGGUCGGGUCUGAUUCUGUUUUUCUUGAGAGAGAGAGAGGUGUUUUGUUGUGGUCGUGCAUCCUAGUUUUGAACUGAAUAAGCUUGGGCCAGUGUUGGCUUAAUUUAGAAGCACUGUCUGUUUUUAUUAUUUUUGUUUGGUCAGAACUCAGAAGCAGAGUGUGGUGUGUCUUCUUGUGCCUGGUGUUUGGUACUGUUUUUGUGUUUUCAUAAAGUUAAAUAUUAUGAAAUUGGAGUGGUUUAUUGUAAAAAGAAUUUUUAAUAAGUCGUUUAUGAUUAAUGAAUCA